UGCUGGAGUUCGGGAUGUGAGACUGCAUGCACCUCACUUGGGGUCCACAGUACGUUCGGCAUGCAGGGUCUGCUUGGGUUUCUUUGGGGAAGGAAUGUGGGCACUGCAUCCACCAGCAGGGACUGCUUGGGUCUCUUUGGGGAAGGAAUGUGGGCACUGCAUCCACCAGCAGGGACUGCUUGGGUCUCUUUGGGGAUGGAAUGUGGGCACUGCAUCCAUCACCUUUGGGGUGGAGAUUUGGGGACCCUCCCAUCCCCAUCGGGAUCAGGACGUGGGGGACUGUCUGCAUGCUGCUUGGAGUGGGGACAUGGGAGCCUGGACUGAUCUCAGGAGCAGAAGAUGGGGAUCCUCACAUCACCCUUGCAGUCGGGGGGCUGGAACCCUUGUGUUGGGGUUGGGACCAUUUUACUGGGGCCGGGACCUGGGGACACCUGAACCAGGACUUGGGGACAUCUGCAUUGGCGUCAGGACUUGGGGGGCUCCACACGGGGACCGCAGCACCUCCCCAGGGCUCAGCGGGCUGGAAACGGGACAGUGGGGGCAGGUUGUGUCUGUCCCCUCCCUCCUCGCAGGAACAGUGACCGGGGGCCGGACCCAGGCUCCCCGUGCUUGCUCCAGCCCCAUCACCCUGGAGGGCUCUGGGUAACUCAGAUGUGCCACCAGAGCCGCUUGGCCCCAUCCUGAUCCUGCUUCACCCCGAAUCCCCGCUGCCAUGAAGAGGAAGCCGGGGAAUGGGCGGGGGCCGGAGCCUGCGGCCCCCCAGCAGCGAGCCCGCUCUGUCACCAAGCCAGCAGAGUACGUGGGAUCCUUCAUGGUGGAGGAGCUGGACCUGCAGCAGCGAGCGGGGCAGGUGGAGGAGCAGCUGCGGGCACUGAAGGACUGUCCCCGGAGGAGGUCGGUGGUGCUGAGGUUCAGCUUGCAGGGCCUGAAGGUCUACGGCGCUGACGGGGAGACGCUGCUGAUGGCACACGCGCUGCGCCGCAUCCUCUACAGCACCUGGAGGCUCCCCGACCGCCAGUUCGCCUUCGUGGCCCGCAACCCCCACAGCCCGCCCAGCACCCUCUUCUGCCACCUCUUCGUGGGGCUCCCGGGAGAGGUCCAGACCCUGCACCUCCUGCUCUGCCGCUCCUUCCAGCUCUGCUACCUCCUGGCGCACCCCGAGGAGCAGGCGGGCGAGGGGGAGCUCCCGGGGCCGGGGGUGCUGCGGGAGCCCCUCAACCCCGAGGAGGUGUCACGGAAUGUCAACGCCCUCGUGUCCUUCCGGCGCCUGCCCGCGCCCGGCGGCCUCGGCCCGCUGGGCACCGGGGACCGGCGGCCGGAGGCGGAGGGCAGAGCCUGGCGCCCGGGGAACCCCUACUGCUCGCCCGUGCUGGUGCGCAAGAAAGCCAUCCGGAGCAAAGUGCUGCGCUCGGGAGCCUACCGGGACUGCGGGGCCGAGGGACAGCUCCACCAGCAGCCCCGCGAGGCCGCGGCGGCGGGAGGUGAAAGCAAAGGGGCGAGGAGCUUGGCCUUCCUGCCCGAGAACGAGAGCGUGCUCGCCGAGAGCGUGUGGGCCUUCGCCGGCAUCGCCAGGGCCGCCGGGGUCUCGCUGCUGCGGCGGGACGCGCCCGGCUCCUUCCUGCUGCGCGCCGAGCCCGGGCUGCCCCAGCGCUGGUGCCUGUGGGUGCGGGCUCCGUGCGGCGUGGUGUGCUACGGCGUGCUGCGGACACUGCACGGCCGGUUCUGCGUGGAGCACUCCAACGCCGAGUUCGCCAGCGUGGCCGCCCUCCUGGCGCACUACUCCGGGCCCGCGGGGGGCUGCUUCUGCCGCCUGCGCCCCGGCCGGCGCAACCCCGGCUACGAGGAGCGGGACCCGGGCGGCGGGGCCGGCGCCGGGCCCGGGGAGGCCCACGAGCGGGGCUAG